AUGAAGUCCUGCUCGGUCACGAGGACCGUCCUGACGACCUGGGACGAGCCGGGCCGCGCGGCUCUCGAGGUCCUGCCGGUGUUGAUGACGCCUGAUGGCGCAAAGAAUCUUACGCCGAGGUCGGACGGAGACCCUCCACCUGAGGCUGGCGGAAAGAGAUUUGAGGUGACGAACACGCCGGAGGAUGCCAGCCUGUUCCGGGAGCUCGAGGAUGACGUACUGGUGCCCAUGCACUUUGAAUUCUGGGCGCACUUUGCUGAGAAGCGGAACGCGCUGGCUGCGGUGCUGGGGAAGGAUGUUUUGGAGGACAGGUAA